AAUUAACAUACUGGUGUUAAGUGUCUUAAAAUAAAACGAAAAAAAAAACAAAUUAAAAUCAAAAUGGUUUCCUAUUACAACUCACUGUCAUAUCCACAAAAACAUCAUACAACAAAUUUAUCAUAUCCAACAACACCGCAUCAAGCAUGGUUUCCUACCAAUUAUCAUCCACAUUCAGCAGCAAAUCAACAAUUUUUAAAUGGAAUGACCGGCCCACCUGAUCAUGCAACACAUUUAAAUCAUGCGGCUAUGUAUUAUAAUUCACAUAUGUUUCAUCAAGGACCACCACAUUCAGCAGCACCACCACCACCACAUGAUUUAUAUGGAGCUAGAGAAAAUUAUCAAAAUUUUUCUGCAACAGGUAGUGGAACAUCAACACAUCAUUUACAAACACAAUUACCACCACCACCACCAUCAUCAACAUCUUCUGCAACAUCAUCAUCAUCAUCAAGUGCAUUUCAUUAUCCACAUCAUCAUCAUCAUCAUCAUCCACUCCAUUCUCAUAUGAAUGGAUUACAAAGUAAUGGACAUCAUUUUUAUUCAUCAGCACAUUUUGGAAUUGGUACGCCCUCUAUUAAUAGUAUUGGUUCACCAUUAGAUGAAACAUCAAGUAGUGCUGAUAUUUUAACAGAUGGUAUACCAUCCCCACCAAAUACAACGGGUUCAGGUGGGAGUGGUAUAAAUAGUCCAGGUGUACCAAAUUCAUCAUCAUCACCACAUGGAAUAAUAAAUAACAGAAAUACACCAAUAGCAACAUCAACACCAACAAAUCUUGUCACAAAUAAUGCACGAAAUAAUAAUAAUAGCAAAAACAACAACAACAACAAUAAUAAUAAAAGUAAUAAUGAUAAUAACAAUCGCGAUAAUGAUGAUAUUAUAGAUGAUGAUAGUAUUAAUGGUGAUGGUGACUCUGUUAUACUUGCAAGUAAAUUAAAAAAUCAAUUACAACAAUCAAAUGUUGGAGAAUAUUAUGAUUGGAUGAAAAAACCUGCAUCAUAUGGUCAACAACCGAAUCCAGGGAAAACUCGAACAAAAGAUAAAUAUCGUGUUGUUUAUACUGAUUAUCAGAGACUUGAAUUAGAAAAAGAAUAUCAUACAUCACGUUAUAUAACAAUUAGAAGAAAAACUGAAUUAGCACAAUGUUUACAAUUAUCUGAAAGACAAGUUAAAAUUUGGUUUCAAAAUCGACGAGCCAAAGAACGUAAACAAACUAAAAAAAGUGACGAUCCAGAAAUAAUUACUGGAAAUUCAUCAUCAUCAUCUCCAUCAGCAAUAACAGGAUCGAAUUUAGUUAAUGGUAUGAAUACUAAUACAGUUGCAGAUGAUUUAGCUCAUUUCUUAGAUAUUAAACCGAAAUUAGAAAAUUCUCAUAAUGAUUAUCCACAUAAUACAUUUCAUCCACAAUUAUGUUCUGGAAUAAGUAUGGGACCACCGCCUCCACCAUCAGCCUCAUCAAAUAUAUUGAAUCAUUAUGGUAUGAUACCACCAACUUCACAUCAAGGUCAUCCACAUUUAGGUAUGUCAUCAUCUACUUCAUCAAUUGGACAAAAUGGAAUAUUGUCACAGCCACCUAGUGGACAAAAUAAUAAUGUAAUGCAACAUGCUUAUACCCAAAUGUUACAAAGCAUGGUUGAACCUAUUCCGUGAGCUAAUUAAAAAGUGUUAAAAAUUUCAAUUUUUUCCAUAUUUCUUUUUUAAAGUUCAAUAGCAGAUUUAAAUAAUGUUUUUAAAAUUUUUAAAAUAAAUAAAAAUAUUUAAAAUUCAAUUUUAAUCAAAUUAAAUGACAAAAUAAAGUGCAAAAAUUUUAAAGUACAAAAAAAUUAAUUAUUAUAAUUUAUAAAAAAAAUAUAAUUUAACUUAAAUGUAUAACAAUUAUUAUAGUUAAUAUAAUAAA